AUGGUCUUUAAAAGCUCUACUUUAAUUUAUUUAAUCUAUGAGAGAUCACUCCAUGGGGUCGUCAAAAAUGGAUUUGCAGAAAAUACAGAUACUAAGCAUUCUAAUACUCUGGUGGAUUCUUAUGCCAAUUGUGGUCGGGUUACUAUUUCUGCUCUCAUUUUAGCAAUGCGUUUUCAUGGGUGGGUGUGCAGUGGUCGGAAGUUUGUUCCAAAUUUACAAGUGUUUCCAGUGGUAGCACUUUCUCCAACAAGUUUGAUCAUGAAGAUGGGGGUUUGGGGGGAGAGGAGAGAAGAUGUUUCUUGGAACUCAUGUACAAGGUUGUAUAUAAUUGAAAGGCUUCCAGGAUGA